CAACCACGGGUAUGUUCAGCGAAGGUUUGUUUACAAACUGUAACAAGUGUGCCAACAGCUCUCGUACCUGAAGACCAAGCAGAGAAAACAAAAUGAAUAACACCAGUGAAAAUGGGUCUAAGUAUCUCAUAGGAAAAUGCAUGGGAAUGUGCCCCAACGCAGAGAUGCGGCUACGACAGAGAGAAAGAUUAAUCCAUCCAUUGGAGAUGGCAAUCAGUGAGAAUGGCCAAAGAACAAACAUAGCACAGGCACGGUUCAUGGUCAAGGAAUUUUCGAGAUCAGCAGCGGGACAUGAGAUCAAAGCCUCAGACAUCAGACCACAGCCUGUGCUAGUAAAGACUCUAAGAUAUUUGCUUUCAAAUGCUUGUAAUCAUACCGAUGUCCGCUGGGCCAAAGUUUAUCAGUUUAUAAGCGAUCGUCUGCAGGCAGUACAACAGGACAUGUGUAUUCAGAGCCUUUGCAAUUUUCAAGCCGUUCGCAUCCAUCAGGCUAUUGUUAGAUUUUACAUAUAUGCACACUACAGGACCUGUGAACAUGAUUUGUCAGACUUUGACCCAUAUUUGAACAAGACCCAGUUGAUCAAAACACUCACAAUCAUGAUAAAUAUGUACAAGGAUCUUGACCUGCAGAGGGAUCCCAAAGAAGAAGUAUCUGACAUAUAUAAGAAUGCAAGAAUAGAAGCUGAAGGGUUGUACAUGUUGGUUAAUUUUGGAGAUACAAAGGCUCUUCAGCAUUCACUUGAACUACCCGAGUAUACUAGGUCAUCAGAGCUAAUUAUGUUGGUACUGCAAAUGAACUUAUCCUGGGUCAUUGGCAACUAUGUUCGAGUCCUUCGGCUAGCAGCACAUUUACCACCGAUAUUCCUAUGUGCCUUUCAUCCACAUUUGACAUCAGUUCAAAGAAAAGCGCUGAAGGUCAUGAGUCAUGCCUACAGUAACAAAAUGCUUGCAUACAAUAAGGAAGACCUCGCCAAAACUUUGAUGUUUGCGCAUCCCAAGGAUCUAGUUGAGGUGUGCCAGCAUUACAAGAUAGAAGCAGCAGAGAAUGGGAUCAAGUUCAAGAAAGGGUCGUUUGAUGAAGAAGCAGCCUUGAUGAAAUCCAGAAGAGUAAGAUGGAUUGAAGACAAGUUAGAUGCUUUAUCACUCUCGGAAUUGUUCCUGCCUGAGGACCUUGCACCAUAAGUGAUAUUUACAGUGUAUGCAUAUAAGAGGAUAAUGUGAAGAUUCACCAUCAUAAUAUUUUGAACUUAUCCAGUUCCUCCGUACAUAUAAUUUUGUUCUUUUACCUCAUGUUUGUUUAUCUACAUAUUUAGGCUAGGAAUGAACAUUUUCUUUUUUGUGGUGUCACCAGAUUAUGUUUUUAAAUAACCACAUGAAUAUGCUGCACACAGUAGUCUAAUCCUAUAUAAUGGCUGUGAGAUUAUCAUAACAGAACAAAAUUGAUUUUAGUGGCCAUAUCCCUAGUCUUGGAAUGUUCUUGUAUCAAGAAUAAACUUUCUGUAAAUCCCAGGGGUUUGUUGAAUAUUGUGUAUCUGUACCUGAAAAUAAAAUUCUGCAAUCCCAUGUAUGGAUUAGCAGCUUUUAAAAACUUAUUUAC